CCGCGAUGCUUACUCGACCUGCUCCUUCUCCACCACCUGACCGCAGAGCUACGGAGCAUCUGGUCAGGUGGUAAAAGUAACACCGAGCCGGCGCACAACCGUACCCUUACAGCCGCCAGCUGGCUCCCACCCCCCGUUCCAAAUGUUUUCAGCCAGGGGACUCCCAAGUUUUGGCUAUUCAUUAUUUUUACACUGGAGCUGACAGAAAGUAAGUGACAUUCAGUUACACGAGCACUAUAAUCUAACCCGGUUUACAUCUCCAGAUUUUUACUUCUACAUUAGGACUGGAAUAUCUAACUUCGAUUAAGGAGUGUAACGAGUUUACGAAUCACUUUUGGUAACGCUAACUGGAGUUUGUCGUUACUAGCCCGCAGUAUUUUCUGUGGAUAAACUGGGUGGUGUCUUUUCGCUUCUUUCCAUGACCAUUUGUUAUACAGUUAACUGACAGAGACGGUCACUAGAUACGCUACAUCUGACAGACCCCUUUUCCCUGUUUUUGUGCAAUCUGCCCAGUGCGUUGAAAAGUAACCCAACGGGGAAGACGUGGGUUGUCUUCCGUAUCACUGGAUUCUUAUUUUUCUGACUUUGUGUUUAUGGAUGGAGUUUUUAAUCAAUGUGUACGCUAAAGGAUGUGUCCGUUUGUUAUUUGAAAUGAAAUAAUGGCGACACGUUGGCCAGGUCCAUCCGAGGAAGAUGGGGAGAAAAUCCAAACAGUCAGCUCUUCAUCAGCUAAGGCAAAACGUAAGGAUGGAAAAGAGCAAAGUGAAACUUCAUCUCCUUUGGAAGAAGAAGCUUUCUCCUGGCCUGGUCCGAAGACACUUGUACUCCGAAGGACUUCACAGGGUUUUGGUUUUACGCUGAGACAUUUCAUUGUGUAUCCACCAGAGUCUGUUGUACAGUCAUCUCUUAAGAAUGAAGAGAAUCGAAACAAAGGAGGAAAGCAGCGGUCUAGAUUGGAGCCAAUGGAUACAAUUUUUGUGAAACAGGUUAAGGAAGAAGGACCUGCCUGUGAAGCUGGCCUGUGUACAGGCGAUAGAAUCAUCAAAGUGAAUGGAGAAAGUAUAAUUGGGAAGACUUACUCUCAAGUAAUAGCAUUGAUUCAGAACAGUGACUCGGUACUUGAACUUAGUGUAAUGCCAAAAGAUGAAGACAUCCUUCAGCUGCAGUUUACAAGGGACAUCACCACACUGGCUUAUUCUCAGGAUGCAUACCUAAAAGGCAAUGGAGCAUUUAGUGGCACUGCACGCAAUAUUCCAGACCCUCCACCAUUAUGCUACCCUCAGAUGAGUACUGCUUCUUCAACUAUGGCACAGCCUGCAGAAAUUUCAACAUCUGAACCACUGCGGGGGAAGCAGCAAGUCAGCAGAGCUGACAGGGCAUACAGAGUUGAAAUACAAGUUCCUCCAUCUCCUUCAGAUGUUGCAAAAGCUAGUACAGCUGUAUGCAUUUGCAAUGACUCUGUACGGACUGUUGUUGUACCUUCUGAGAAGGUUGUAGACCCAGCACUAUGUCACACAGCUCCAUCACACAGAACUGAAGAAGUGAGGUAUGAGUUGACACACCAAGCUUCUGUAAAAUCAAGAGCAAGGACCACAUCACCACCAUCUACAGUUCCCACAACUAGCUUCUCUCAGCAGAUUCCAUCAGUUGGGUCUUUGGACAGAACAGGAAUGACAGUAACUGCUAGAAAUGGCACUUAUGCAGCUUUUCCAGAAAUUAAUUCUGUAACUAGAACUAUUGCUCAAACUUCUGAGUCUUCAUCAGUAGCCAGCAAUCCUAAUUCCCCUCCAGUAUCACAUCAGAACAUAGACUGGAGAAACUAUAAAACUUAUAAAGAGUAUAUUGAUAACAGACGUUUGCACAUGUAUGGUUGUAGAACAAUACAGGAAAGGUUAGACAGCUUAAGAGCAGCAUCUCAGAAUACAACUGAUUACAAGCAGGUGGCUCCAACCCGAAAUCCAGUGCAGCUGCGACGCCGAAGCACCUCUCAUGACCGAUCUCCGCAGUCUGUGGCAAUAAGGUACCGUAGCAUUUCUCAGGAAAGGCUAGAGGAUCCUUUACUGUUGAAGGAAUGGCCAAGAAGUGCUUCACAAGAUGCACUAACAACCCCUGUUAUUAAUUCCCACAGGAACAGAGCGCAAUCAUGGGAUUACCUUGGCAAGCAGACAGAGACUCAAGAAAGUUUUGCUAGAGAUGACCAUACCUCUAGUCCCAGAGGGGACCGAUUACAGAGGAUUUAUAAGAGGUGUGGUUUUCCUGAGGAAAACAUAGCACAUGAAUUUUAUGAGAGGGCUAGGCAACGUUCAGUCUAUAUGACUGCUAGAACUCAAAACUGUAAUAUGGUACCAGGUGUUUAUAGUUCAGACAGUAGAAGAAUAAAUUCUAAUGCAAGAAGUCUUGCAUUUUCAGGCCAUUCUUCCCCAGUCCAAAAAUAUUCACCUGACACAAAACCUUUUUCGGCGCCAAGGGAAUUUAAACCCUCUUACACAAGUUUACCAUCUGGAGCUGUUUUUCAUGAAAGACCAUCUAACAUGGCAGUUUCUGUUCAAAGUUCCUCAUCUCCUUCUGUCUUGUCAUCUUGUGCUUCUUAUGUUGCAAAACCUGCACUUGUCCCUUCUCAGAAUACCAAUGCCAUAAGUGACCAAAGAAUAAGAAACCAUCAUUACCAGGGUGGCCAACAGUUACAGUCUAGGAUCCAAGCUGAAACCACUCUGGAAUUCCAAACUGAAAGUGGUGUAAAUGUUAGGUCAUCGUCAUGUUCAGUGCCUGCUUCUGUAAAGCCUAUAGUCCAUUGUAGUAGAGUUUCACAGCAAAGCCAAGCUACCUCUCCCAGUAUUAAAUCAUCAGUGAAACAGAAACACAGAAAUAUAGAAAAAGUACCUAUUGAACAGCAAAUGCCCGUCACUAAACAGGAUGCUCCAGACAAGGAUGAGAUUGUAGUUCUCCGUGAAAAGCCACCUUCAGGACGCCUAGCAUCUCAACCUUUAAGACACCAGUCAUAUAUUAUGGCUGUGAAUGAGCAGGAGACAGUGUCUGAUGCUACCUGUUGGUUACCAAAUGAUGCCCGCCGUGAAGUAAACAUAAAGAGAAUUGGAGAGCAAAGAAAAGCUUCAGGAUCGAGCGCACCUGAUGACUCUCUGGCUUCUAUUCCAUUUAUUGAUGAGCCAUCUAGCCCUAGUGCUGAUCAGGACAUCACACACAUUCCAGCUUCUGCAGUUAUUUCUGUAACGGCACCCACUAUAGCAACAGUUCCCCCCAGCCCAACAUCUCCAACUCCUUUCAUUCGUCGCCAGCUGUCACAUGACCAUGAAUCUUUGCGAGCCAGUAUUCUUGAAGAUAUACCUACAACAAAAGCAGAGAGGUCCAAGUCUUAUGAUGAAGGGCUGGAUAAUUACAGAGAAGAGGAAAGAUCCAGAUCCAUUAAGCAUGUACCUAAAUUUAUAGAGAAAAAGGCCACUGAUAGUUUGAAAUCAUCUGAAGAUUCUAGUUCCAGGAGAGACUCGCCAUCAGAAAUCUUCAGUGAUGUUUCAAAAGAGGGUUAUCUCCAGAUUCGUCAGCUUGUUACAGAUAAAGGAAAGCGAGUUGUUGGUAGCAUUCGGCCUUGGAAACAGAUGUAUGUGAUGCUUCGCGGUUACUCACUGUAUUUGUAUAAAGACAGGAAAGAUCAAGCAGCCCGUGGAUCCCCACAGCCUGAGGAAGACUUGCCAGUUAGCAUCAAGGCUUGCUUAAUUGACAUCUCAUACAGUGAAACAAAAAGGAAAAAUGUUUUUCGGCUUACAACUUCAGACUGCGAGUAUCUCUUUCAGGCUGAAGAUAGAGAUGAUAUGCUGGCAUGGAUCAGAGCUAUACAAGAAAAUAGCAACCUGGAUGAGGACACUGGUCUGACUAGCAGGGAUUUGAUUAGUAGGAGAAUUAAGGAAUAUAACACUAUGAUGAGUUCUAGCAGCAAAACAGAACCAUCACCCAAAACUCCUCGUCAGUCUUUGAGCAUCAGACAAACAUUCCUUGGAAGUAAAGCUGAGCAAAAAUUCCUCAGUCCUCACUCACCUAAACAGGAUUCUGACCGAAAACUGGCACUUAAGGAUGACACCAGUCCACCAAAAGACAAAGGCACAUGGAGAAAAGGCAUUCCUAGUUUAGUAAGAAAGCAGUUUGAAAAGAAAACUUGUCCUGGAGCAUCAUUUGGUGUUAGGCUUGAUGACUGUCCUCCUGCUCAAACCAACAAGUAUGUCCCAUUAGUAGUGGAAAUUUGUUGCAAAUUAGUUGAAGAAAGAGGUCUUGAAUACACAGGCAUUUACAGGGUCCCAGGAAAUAAUUCAGCCAUUUCAAGUAUGCAAGAGGAACUAAACAGAGGAAUUGCGGAAGUUGAUAUUCAAGACGAUAAAUGGCGAGAUCUGAAUGUUAUCAGCAGUCUUCUGAAAUCUUUCUUCAGAAAGCUUCCGGAACCUCUGUUCACAAAUGAAAGAUAUGCAGAUUUUAUUGAAGCCAACAGGAAAGAAGAUCCAGCUGAAAGACUGAAAUCACUGAAAAGACUGAUUCAUGACUUGCCAGAACAUCAUUAUGAAACCUUGAAGUUCUUGUCUACUCAUCUGAAAACAGUAGCAGAGAAUUCUGAAAAGAACAAGAUGGAACCAAGAAACCUGGCUAUCGUCUUUGGUCCUACGCUUGUAAGAACAUCUGAGGAUAACAUGACUGACAUGGUGACUCACAUGCCAGACCAAUACAAGAUUGUUGAAACUCUUAUACAGCAUUAUGAUUGGUUUUUCACAGAAGGAAAUGUCGACCCUACCACACCAGUUCGGGAGGAAAGCACAGUAGAGUCGCAGCCAGUACCAAACAUAGAUCAUUUACUUACCAACAUUGGAAGGACAGGAGUAGCUCCUGGAGAUGUAUCAGAUUCAGCUACUAGUGACUCUGCAAAAUCAAAGGGUUCCUGGGGAUCUGGAAAGGAACAGUACAGCAAAGAGCUGCUUGUGUCAUCCCUGUUUGCAGCAGCUAGCCGCAAAAGAAGGAAAUACAAAGAAAAACCUCAACCAAGUAGCUCAGAAGAAGAUCUGGAUAGUGUGUUUUUUAAGAAAGAUCCUUCAGAGCAGCCUCACACUGAAAUGACCGAGGGAAAUGCUGGUAAUACUGAAACUGCACAAGAACCGGACACACUGAAUCAAAAUAAGGAAAGUAACUAUGACAGAAGAAUAGAUUUUUCACCAGACACAAAUUCCAAAGCUCUCAGGACAAAAUCAGAACAGUAUUCCCCAUCAUUCCAGCAAAAACUUUCAAAAUCCCCUCUCUUCAGCUGCAGACCACUUAAGCAAAUAGAUGGGUGGAAGACACCUAUUUUGCGGACAUUCUCACAGACUGAUGAUGCCACAUCUGAUACUGGUACAUUGCUGAGUAGUUCCUCACAAGCUUCCCUCAAGUUUCGGUCCAGAAAGUGGACAAAUCCUGAAGUGAAGGGCAGUGAGUUCAUUGCUGCUGAUGUGAGCUCAAUCACUUCUGACUAUUCCACAACCUCCUCAACAACAUACCAAACUGGCAUGGAUUCAAAUAUACUUAGUCCAGAAAUACAGUCAGUAACUGAAAGCAAAGGUGAUGAGGCUGAUGAUGAACAGAGUGAAUUGAUUAGUGAAGGGCGCCCAACAGAAACAGACAGUGAAAGUGACUUCCCUGUUUUUGCUGUGCGAUCUACUUCUGAAAAAGUUUGUAAGGCUUUUUCACAAGAGAAAACAAAGGUUGGACGGACUAAUUCAGAAGGAAGUGAAGUAACUCCUACAGAAGGCAGCAUAACACCUAGGCUGGACAGCAAACGAUUUAGUUCUCAUAAACUUAUAGAAUGCGAUACAUUAUCUAGAAAAAAGUCCAUUAGACACAAGACUGAAACUCCAUGUUCUGUAGAGACAAAGGGUGAAACCGAUGUAAGUAAGAAGUCCAUGGUGAGUGAGAUAGAUGAAAAGGAGAAACUGAAGAGCAGUUUGACUUCCUCAACAAGUAAUGAUCCUGAAAAGCAAGAACCUGCUUGGAAAUUAAAAAUAACAGAAAGAUUAAAACUCCGGCUGAAGACUUCUGCAGAUGAUAUGUUUGGUAUAGGAAUAAAUAAAUCAAAUUCAACAGAGGUGCGUAAAGGCAAAAAAAUUAGACGAAGACACACUAUGGGAGGACAGAGAGAUUUUGCUGAUCUUGUUGUAGUUAAUAAAUGGAAUGCUGAGGGGUUGAAGAUCUCUCAGAAUAAUGGGGACAGAGAAGUAGAAUUAUCUGCAAUGGAUCGUCUGAAACCUAAAUGCCAGUCCCAGGAUCUUUCUAUUGCACAGUGGCUUGCUAGAGAGCGUUUACGUACUAACUCACCUGAUCUGAACACAAAAGAAACAUCAGAACCUCAACAUCUGAGUACUUACUUAAGUGAAGGAUCUCAUCCAGAUCUAGUGACUACCCAGGAUGAUACUGGAAGUACCAGCAGUUUGUCUCAUAGACCUUCACCAUCGCAAUCACCAGGUCCCCAGUCUUCUGAUCAGGUCAAUGGUGACAGUUACCAGAACAAAAGUAAAGGCAGCUUUAGUCCUGCUGUUGAUGCUCAUCCCCAUAAGCUGUCUGGUACCCAAGUAGUUAGAUCUCGAUUUUAUCAGUAUCUCUGACCUGAUGCACUUGUUCAUUGGUGAUAUUCAAUGUGACUUAUUUCACCUAUAGAUAUGGAGAUAAUACUGUAUUCCACUUUACCAGUAAAUUUUAAUUCUAAAGUAUUUCAUGGAGUCUUUGGUCUUGUGAAUUGAAUACAAAAGCAAAAUGAUUAUUUGCCAUUACCUGCCCAAAGCAGGUGUAGCUACUUGAGCACUUGAUCACUAAUUGUAUUUAAAUUCAGGACACCAGAAACUCCUGAUGUCUUUUUCAUAUUUGCCUUAUGUUUUUUGAUAACCCUGUGUUAUACCUGGUUGUCAUCUUAACGGAUUUUUAACAGCCUUUUAAAUGGGCUGAUUUCUAAGCUGUGCAUUGUGGAACGUCUUUGCAGUGCACCACAUCAUCUAGAGUACAUCAGUGAAACCAAUAUAUGGAGCUGUCACAGAAAUGUUAAGCUAAAUGUUGAUGCAAUAUAUACAUGUGCACAUACACAUGGUCCAUCAGUAGAGGAUCACUACACAUCUUGGCAACUGACACGACAGAAGUAUGCAAAAAGAAAUCUGAAUUUAACACUUUAGUGUAGUCACUAACAAGUGCCUCAUCAUUGUUUUCAAUUAGUUAGGGUGCCAUAUUGUAUUUUGUUCAUCUAGAAAAAAUUACUGUGAACAUAUGAAAGAACUUUAGAACUCUGUUGGUAACAAUGUUCAUUAUAUUUUACAGAAUUUCAUAGAUGGGAUUCAGAGCUUCCAGUCUAUAGACAUUCCACUUGGAACUCUUUAAAAAAGAGUUUUAUAUUCAGACUUUUAAUACAGUUUUUGUUUUUUAUGUGACUUGAAUUUUUAAUAUUUCUGUAAAUGAAGUAACUUAAGUGUACAUAAUUCAUGUGUAUCUUUCUGUUCAGAUAUAAGUUUUGAUACACUUUGUAACAUAGGCAUGUAGAUAGUGUACCCUGGAUAAAACUGGUUCUUUCAUUUAAAGAAUUUGUGCAUGAAAACAUUUCUCAAAAAUGGAUAUUGUAUCAUGCCUGUAUUCAUAGCCCUCUUCCCCAAAAAGAAAAAAAAAAAAACACUGGAAAUAAAAUUCUGUUUUGUUGA